AAUUUUUCGAGUUUACAGCAUUUCCAUAUAAAAACAUCCACUCAAUAUGUCUUCUGCCACUAAAAGAAUUGCAUUACCAGCUAGAGUUGAACCAAAGGUUUUCUUUGCCAAUGAAAGAACUUUCCUUUCUUGGUUGAAUUUCACAGUUAUAUUAGGAUCUUUGGGUGUUGGGUUAUUGAACUUUGGUGAUUACGUUGGUAGAAUUUCCGCUGGAUUAUUCACAUUCAUUGCCAUGUUGACUAUGAUUUACGCAUUGAUUACCUACCACUGGAGAGCCAAGGCUAUCAGAUUAAGAGGAUCUGGUCCUUAUGAUGACAGAUUCGGUCCUACUAUGUUGUGUGCAUUCUUGUUAGUUGCUGUUGUUGUCAACUUCAUUUUAAGAAUAAGAGCGUAAGCAUUGAGCAUUGCCCCGUUUAAGUUGAAUUGGGGGGCUAAAGCAUUCACAUAAUUGUGCCUUUUCUUUGUAUAUUAAUGUUUAUUUGAUUACAUACACGUCUAGACAUCUAUGACGAACAUAAUCACGAAACUCCCACUCACCCCAUAGUCAUGUUUAAUAUAAAUUUUGUAUUUG